AUAAGCAGUUAUUGUUAUCCUCAUGCUGCGUCUCCACUUCAUAAGGGCAUGGUGCUUUUUGCGCUCACUUCCAAAACCCUAGUACAGACUCAAACACUGCCACUGCCAGUGCCAGUGCCAGAGUUCAGGGGCUUCUCCAAUGGCCUUCUUGUUUCAGAAGUUUCAAGAGGCUGUGAAAAUGCUGGCUAAAAAUCCAAUGUUUGCUAGAGAUCCAAGGCGGCUCCAGUUUGAAGCAGACAUGAAUCGCCUUUUCCUUUAUACCAGUUACAAUCGUUUAGGAAGGAAUGCAGAUGAGGAAGAUGCAGAUGAGAUUAUUGAAAUGGCUAGUAAAGCCUCUGUUGCUGAUCAACAGAAGCAAGUGCAUGAAAACAUCCAUUCUCAGAUCAAAACAUUCUGCAUGUCGAUGGAUGAAAUUCUUCUUUCAGAUGUGAAUACAGUAAAUGAACUGGUUGAUUUGCAUUCACAAACAAGUGGAGCUCCUCGCCAUAGUGGCCUUAGUUUUGCUGUUGGCAGGAAUGCUGCUCCAAAAGAACAUGUUGCUGUACCGAAGACGAGACCGUUAAAAUGUGCUGAACUCUCUAAAAGUCUAAAGAAUCAAAUUGGCUAUACGCUUUGUCUAAAGCCAUCUCAGAUUCCUCACAGGGAUGCUGGGCAAGGUUUGUUCUUAAAUGGUGAAGCUGGUGUUGGAGCUGUGGUAGCCUUAUACCCUGGAGUAAUAUACUCCCCUGCUUACUAUCGUUACAUUCCUGGAUACCCUAGAGUUGAUGUGCACAAUCCCUACUUAAUCACAAGAUAUGAUGGAAUUUUAAUAAAUGCACAGCCUUGGGGUCCUGGUGGUGAAGCUCGUGAAGUUUGGGGUGGGUUAACAAUGUCACAGGGCAGCCCAAACAUGGAAGGUGUUGAAAAGGGUUCUGACAGGUUAUGGAAAUUGCUGAGCAAGCCUUUAAAUAGCACACAACAGGGAAAGGGUGGUGACAUAUUGGAGCGGAGAAACCCACUCGCUCUGGCUCAUUUUGCAAACCACCCAGGUAAGGAUAUGCUCCCAAAUGUCAUGGUAUGCCCUUAUGAUUUCCCGUUGACCGAAGAAGGCAUUAGGCCCUAUAUCCCAAAUAUACUGUUUGGGGAUGAAGAAGAAGUCAAAAUGAAGAGGUUUGGUAGCUUUUGGUUUAGGUCUGGGCGCUCAAGUGACAGUAUGCCUGAUGUUCCUGUCUUGAAAACUAUUGUCCUAGUUGCUACAAGGGCUCUUCAUGAUGAAGAAAUCCUCUUGAACUACAGGUUGAGCAACUCAAAGCGGUGGCCGGCAUGGUAUACUCCUGUAGAUGAAGAGGAGGACAGGAGGCGGUGGGGUUAAACCAGUGAAGGUUGGUGAGGAGGUGGGUUAAACUAGUGAAGGUUGGAUUUUGACCCAAUCUCCAUCCAUAGUUUCACUGUUUGAGCUCAUACUCCUGUGUUGUGUUUUGGGAUUCUUCAUGCUGCUGGCAGUUCCUUAUUUAUUCAGGCUUCUGUUGGUUCGCGGUUUUGCAACUUAUUCAUCAUACUUCUCAAACAUAUGUUCCUACCAUUGGAUAAUAAUGGACUUGGUCAGUGAAUCUUUUCUCAUAGAACAACAGUGGUCUUUGGGAAUUUUGAUUUUAAUUCCUGUUUUCACCCUAUAUAACUUUGCUUCAAUUACCUUUAUCUUUUGUAUGAUUUUCAAAUUCUCGACUGAAGAAAAUACCAUUGUUAAAAUAAGCAGCGGUAACUUAAUCA